AACCGGCCCUGCAUGGUGCUGACGGCACGUGUUCACCCAGGUGAGAGCAAUGCCAGCUGGGUAAUGAAGGGCACCCUGGAGUACUUGUGCUCAGCUGACCCGGUGGCAGAGAGCUUGAGGCAGGCCUUCGUCUUCAAGAUCAUCCCCAUGCUCAACCCGGACGGGGUCAUCAACGGGACUCACCGGUGUGCUCUGAAUGGAGAGGACCUGAACAGACAGUGGCUGAAGCCAGAUUCUCUCCUCAGCCCCACCAUCUACCACACCAAAGGCCUCCUGUACUACCUCAACAGCAUAGGAAGAACCCCCUUGGUGUUCUGUGACUACCACGGUCACUCCAGGAAGAAGAAUGUGUUUCUGUACGGCUGCAGUAUCAAGGAGACCCUGUGGCAGUCUGGAGCCACAGUCAACACAGCGUCUCUCAAAGAAGACCCAGGAUACAGGACCAUCCCUAAGACCCUGGACCGCAUCGCUCCGGCUUUCUCCUUCAACAGCUGUAACUACCAUAUUGAAAAGUCGCGCCGCGCCACAGCGCGCGUGGUGGUGUGGAGGGAGAUAGGGGUUCUACGCAGCUACACCAUGGAGAGCACAUACAAUGGCUGUGACCAGGGCAUUUACAAGGGCCUGCAGACAGGCACAAGAGAGCUUCAGGAGAUGGGCUUGAAGUUCUGCCAGAGCCUGCUGUCGCUCCGUAGAAACACCUCGUCCAGACUGCUCUCCUCCGACCACGCCGCUAUCCUGGACCUGGACCACAGCUCCCUCGACCACAAGUCACACAACUGUUUUGAGGAUGACGAGCCGGCGUGUGCAGAGGAGAUUGAGUACCUGGGGGAAAGCUGCCCCGCUCCUAGCGCGGCCGAGCUGGACGCGGAGGUGAACGGCAACACCUCCAGCGCUGAGGAGGAAGAGGAGGAGGAGGGGGGGGAGGAAACACCUCGCAGAGGACAGCGGCGUUCUGCCGUUAGGGCCCGCCUCUUCCCUCACCUGAUUGGCUCCAGCUCUUUGGAGGCUCUCAGCAUCAAUAACAAACAGUACCUGAGCUAAGGUCCACACACGAACAACAAUUUUUAUAAUCUUUUUAUUUUUUAUUAUUAAUAUUUAAGUACAGACACUAAAACUCGAAAAGCACUUAUUGUGAAUAAAUUACUUUUGUAUAACUUUUUAAUUUGGAUAUCGAUAAUGAAUUAUAAAUGGCUGCCUUGUAGUCUUCCCUGGGCUUGAACUACACGGACAUGCUGUGUGUGUGUUUGUGUGUGCGUGCCUGCAUCAUAUAAUAUGUACACUUUGUGAUGUUGUGUGUGUGUGUGUGUGUGUCUAUCAUAUACACUGUAUCUGUGCUGUUGUGUGCGUGUGUGUAGCAUAUAUGUCAUGGUACCGGUAGGUUCUAAAUAAUCUAUAAGAUCAUAUUUCUGUCUGUUCAUAGCAAAUGUAUAAAACACAUUUGAAGUAGGGGUGGUGCUGAUAGCCUAGUACUUCCUAUGCUUUGUUAUUUAAAGGUCCAGAGAACCAGCGUGACUCUGGACAGGUUUACUACUGUACAUGUUGUGCCGUAAGCCUGUGUUAUACGUCUGAUCCAGUACUGGGAGGAAAAAUAACCAACUUUUUUUGUUGUUGCAAUGUGCAUUUACGUUUCGUAAUGAAGAUUUCUUAGGAUGGUGGCCUGUCUCAUCUCCAGGUUAUCCACAUGAGAUGUUUCUUAAUACAGCUUUGAUGAGUGAUUUGCAAGAGAUCUGCAAUAAACUCCUGUCUCCUCUUGUCCCUGUGUCGAAUUGAAA